UUUCGUGGGGUUUUAUAUGCAGCAAUAUUCAACUUCAGCAAACGGAUAGAUCCCGGUGACUGGAUUGGAGAUGGACACGUCGCACGUAUACCAUUCGGAUUGUAUCUCAAAUAUGGUUCACUACAAGAGGCGCUGGCCACUCAAUAUGUGGCGAAGCAUACAACUAUUCCAGUCCCUGAAUGUUGCUCCCGCUGGCGAAGACGGGGUCUACAUGUUGAUGAUUCAGAUGCCUGGCCAGCAGUUCGGCUUGCGUAUAGGUGAUCUCAACAGCCUUUCGCCUCGCCAACUGCAGGUAGUGGAGGACACGCUCCGCGACUGGUUCGACCAACUACGGUCCCUUGUUCCCCCGGAUCCAGAUGCAGUAUGUGGGUUUGGUGGCUAUUCCUUUAAAAGCUAUCGCAUCAGCCAUAUGAGGAGGGUCGGUCCUUUCCGCUCGCAGAAAGAAUUUCAUAUGAAACUUUUGGAGAACUACGAGGACGAACUCGGUGAAAUAGCGUCUGCUAGCCACUCAAAACCUCAUCGGAUCUGCUUCACCCAUAUCGAUUUCGAAUGCGCGGGAUGGAUGCCGGAGUAUUGGGAGUAUACUUACGUGCUGUAUAUCCAAUAUCCGCACUACAAGGAAUGGUGCGAUCUCUUUACACGCAUUUUUCCUCAAUAUUCCACUGAGCUUGAGGUCGAAUAUCGAUUGUGGGAGUUCGCUUUUCCGUGGUAGACGAAGUUGUUCACGCGGGCUCUGAAUGCUGGAACGAUUUGCUACAUGCUCCUGGAUUUCUCGCUAUGCGGAUUGACAAAUUCGCCUGCGAAGUAGGUUGCCAUAAGUCGAUGUGAUGUUUUUUGCAAGGCAAUAUUCCGCGCUGGCGUAUCCUUUGCUUCAUGUUCUUCUGACCUAACUUAGUUAUUGUAUGGUUGCGUGCGACGAUGUUACUUCACUCUUCCUUUCAUAUAUAUGCGACAGUCUUGUCUAUAUAUCAUAACGGG